CUUUCUUCCACCUGUAGCCGCGUCGUUGUGAUUCCACCACCAUGUUCGAGGCGCGCCUGGUCCAGGGCUCUAUCCUGAAGAAGGUGCUGGAAGCGCUUAAAGACCUCAUCAACGAGGCCUGCUGGGACAUCAGCUCCAGCGGCGUGAACCUGCAGAGCAUGGACUCGUCUCAUGUCUCUUUGGUGCAGCUCACCCUGCGCUCCGAGGGCUUCGACACGUACCGCUGCGACCGCAAUUUGGCCAUGGGCGUGAACCUCACCAGCAUGUCCAAAAUACUAAAAUGUGCUGGCAAUGAAGACAUCAUUACGCUAAGGGCAGAAGAUAAUGCAGACACCUUGGCACUAGUGUUUGAAGCUCCAAAUCAGGAAAAGGUUUCAGACUAUGAAAUGAAGUUAAUGGAUUUAGAUGUUGAGCAACUUGGAAUUCCAGAACAAGAGUACAGCUGUGUAGUAAAGAUGCCUUCUGGUGAAUUUGCACGUAUAUGCCGAGAUCUCAGUCACAUUGGAGAUGCUGUUGUAAUUUCCUGUGCAAAAGAUGGAGUGAAAUUUUCUGCAAGUGGAGAACUCGGAAAUGGAAAUAUUAAGUUGUCACAAACGAGUAAUGUUGAUAAAGAGGAGGAAGCAGUUACCAUAGAGAUGAAUGAACCAGUUCAGCUAACUUUUGCACUGAGGUACCUGAACUUCUUUACAAAAGCCACUCCACUCUCUCCUACAGUCACACUCAGUAUGUCUGCAGAUGUACCCCUUGUUGUAGAGUAUAAAAUUGCUGAUAUGGGACAUUUAAAGUACUAUUUGGCUCCCAAGAUCGAAGAUGAAGAAGGGUCUUAGACAUUCUCAAAUUCCAAGAAAAUUAAACUAAGCUCUUUGAGAACUGCUUCGGUGAUGCCAGCACAUACUUAAUUAAGUCUCUUCUUUGUACCUCUGAGUACAUAUGUAGAUACUGUUUUCUGUAAAUAACCUGUUUUUUUUUUUUCCUCCAUUCUCUACAAUUUAAGUCCAAAGUCAAAUCUGGUCUUGUUAGCCUAGAAAUACUCAUUAAUGAUUUUUAUAAACAAAAGGGUUUUGACUCUAAAUACAGUUUUAAGUAUUGUUUUCACUUUAAAUAAAAGUCAUUUGAAUUUCAAGCAUCCCAGGACAGUGCCUUCAUUUGGACC